AUGGCUAUUAAACUUGGAUACAAUUGGAGAUGGAAUUUGAAAAAUGGCGGAUUUGGAAACGUUUCGGUUGUAGACAAAAAAAUUGAGGACCGGGAGAAAAGAGUGUUUGUGAUGAAACGCGUCAGUGCUUCAACUCGAUAUGAAAUGGAAUUCGAUAUUCAUCGAUUUGUGUUUGGAUACGGAAGAGAAGCUGGAUCGGACCAUAUCAUUGAAAUGUUUGCUAUGUAUGUGGCUGGCACUGAAGCGGUUUUCAUCAUCGAUUUUGCUGAUCAAGGUGAUUUGGGAAGUAGAUGUACUCUACCACUUCAUCCAUCGCUUGCACAGAACUAUUUCCGUCAAUUAAUUUGGGGACUAGAUUUCAUCCACAAGAAAAACGUGGUUCACAGAGACAUCAAACUCUUGAACUUGUUUUUGAAAAGUCCAAACAAAUUGAAAAUUGGGGAUUUCGGAAUGGCGGAGCGAUAUAGAACCGACUGUGGUAAACAGAUCUGGUUGAAAGGCAGACAAGGUACGCGGACUCACCUUGCUCCUGAACUCUUCAUCGGCGGAAUGGAGUCAAAAGGGCCUCCAUUGGAUGUAUGGGCUGCAGGAAUUGUGCUAGUGGAGUUGCUUACAAUGAAGCGGUUGUGGAAACAAGCUGAUUUGAAUGACAAAAACUUUGUGAAGUAUUUUGAUGACAAAUACAAAAAUAUGGAAUUCGAAUGGAAAAGUCUUGGAAUGGCAAAAAAAUUGGUUCAAAAAUUGCUCAAAGUGCAAUCUGCAUUCAGGAUCACGAUCGAAGACAUUAUCAAGGACCCCUGGUUUGUCACGGAUAUUCCAGAAGAAGACGAAUUCGAAAUCGCAAUGCGUGGAAGAGAAACGUUUGUUUAG